AUGGCUGGACCUCAACCCAAUGUCAAUCAGAACUUCGCCAACGUCCCUGCUGGUGACACACCCGAGCCCCGAUGGGGCGACAAGCUCCGUCUUCCCGCAUGGGAACCAACUUACCAGGAACAACCCAUCCAUUGGCUUCAAAAUGCAAAAUGGUUAAACGCAAAUUACAUUUUGGUCACAGGUUAUCUGAUUAGACAAGAAGGCAAUAUCACGAGGGAGAAACCUAUCCCUGUCUUUGUCGAUUCAGUCGUGUAUAAUCCACACUAUGCCCAUUUGGCGAAUACUCCAAAUUUGUAUUCGACUAAUUAUGUUAAUAUUAGAAAUCAUAAUGGUAUAGCAGGAACCGAAUAUCUCGAAUUCGCAGAUCUCAAACCUAAAGACUACGAUCUCCAAUAUGCUAAAGUUCCAAUCAAUAUCCCUGGAAGCCCAUCUUCCUAUUUCAUCGUGAUUCACCCUGUGCAAAGGACCAUCAAUGUGGACCGAUUCGUGAUGUUCAAUUCUGAAUUGAUGAAAUCAUCAGUCGAGACCGUCCUCAAUACCGUCACUUGGGGUAAUGCAGGUAAAUUGAUCGAAGCUUGGAAAUCGGCUGGUAAUAGACCUUUGUUGAGGUUUAAUGCGAAUCAAUUUUGA